UGUCAACCAGUCGGAGGGGAGAGCAGUCGACAUUCUGGGCAAAAUAAGUGUCCCCGCUGGAUGGGCCAGUUGGAUAGCCAGAUAAGCUUGUCAGAUUUGGUUAUCUGAUUUGUUUAGGGUCAGCAAAGGGGAAAAAUAUGUCAUAUUCAGGUGUAAAUCUUACUGGAAGAAGUGAUGUUAAGUCAAUGGUUUACCUCCCGGUCAGGUCAUUUAAGGUGCAGUCUGUGAACUCUGCCACCUUGGCUGUCUAGAGCAUCAGUGGUUCAGAAAGGGGUAUGGCCCCAGCCCUGACCAAGAUCCUGAAAGAUGGCCAUGGCAUCCACCUGUCCUCACCUCCUUCAUCUGUCAGAGUGGACUCAAACAGGAGAGCUGUGCGCAGCGCUGAGCUAGAGCCUCACAUGCGAUUGACAGAGGACGAUGACCCCCAGAAGAUGUGGCUGAACCUUUCCUUGUUACCCUCUCUUGAUUCCUGCCUGUCCGCGAGCCCUCUCCACGUCCCUGCCAACCCUGUGCUUUCCCCAUGUUUGCAGGAGUCUGCCAGCCAGUGUGAGGCAGUGCUCCUCUCCAGCCCUGCUUCCCUCCUGAGCUUCUUGUCCUUCAAUAAAGGCCUCGUAGAUUCUCAUCAGGUGGUCUCCAUCUUACCAGGUGUACCAGACAUGUUUUUAGGCCCUGUCCCUGAGCACAAUAGCCAAGAGGCUUGUCUGCUGCAUGGCUGCAGUACUGCUCCUGAAUGUGGACCAGAUGGUGUUGAUGUGCAUCACUCCCCUUUUACCCUUACCGGUGUUUCUCCUUUAGAGUCCCUUGGAGAGAUAAAGUCCCAGGGCUUCACUCCCUUCUUUGCACCCCAACCUGCACUGAUGCAGGAGAAAGCAGCGGGAGUAGGCUGUCCUCCUCCACCUUCAGUGCAGCCUUGCAGUGGCAGGGUGAACUUUCACCAGCUGGCACCCAAAGCUGUGCUGGAGAAGGCUGUGAAGCAGAAGCUCUCCAGGCAGACAGGGCUGCACAGCCGAGCUUGUAGGCUGCAGAGGAGACUGCAAGCCCUGCUUGGAGAGCAUGCUUUGCUACACUGCAACCAGCAGCUGGAUGGGCUGAAAAGACACUGUCAUCUUGGAGAUGCGUCUCAUGACAGCCUGGACUCCCUACAUCCUGGUUUACCACCUCCACACGUGGGUAGUAAACCCAAUUUUUCUAGGCUAGAGUCGUCCACAGCCUCAUCUUCUUUGACAGAGCUCAGAGAGUUCAGUCGCUUCAGCCAGGCGGUGCUGAGAGGCCUGCAGGAGGCCUUGGACUCUGAGGCCACGGCCAGCAGCAGCUCAGAUGAUGAGUUAGAGGAACAUAAGAGUAACGGCAAAACCAAGACUUCACCUGUCAACAGCAGCAGCUGUGAGAGGCGAUGGCUGGAAGAGAGAGCGGAGCUGGGCAGCAGAUGGAGCUGGUUGCAGCUGCGUCUGGCCGAGCUGGAGGGGAGGAUACAACAAAUGGUGGAGCUCCACAAGCACAUCCACUCUUCCAAAGGUGGUGUGGUGCUUGCAGAGUCCCAGCCACUGACGGACAGGCAGAUUCAGCAGACCCUGCUGAGGGAAAUGACGGGGUUAUCCUGCACAGCCUCAGAUGCUGAUGCUGAACCCUGCAGCCCCAUACGCCUUCUGCAUAACAUAGAGAGACAGAGUGCCCAGCUUAACCAGAUCGUCAACAGUCUGAUGCCUCCUCUCAGCUUUUCGCCGCUCUCAAAACAAGCACAGACGUGUAAAGUCAAGGGAACCUUCACAAGUGGUCAGAACGGAGGUGAUGUUUUUGUGCCGGGGAGCUCUAAGAGAAGCAGACUGUCAAUCAGGAGGUCUUUCAAGGCUGAUAUGUCACGUGUUUGUGCCCGAACCCGACCCUUGGUCACCUACCACAAACCCAGACUCUUUGCUCUCAGCAUCUGUAAACCCAGUGGUCUACAGGACCCGCAGAAGUCCAUGUCCACCCUCUCGUCUUCUCUCUCAUCAUCUUCCUGUUCAUGUUGCUCUUCUUGUGAUCCUGUAGUCCUGUGUUCUGAUCCUGACUGCAGCUCCAGCUUGGCCCCAUCCUCCAGGAAACAGAGCUCCAGACCUCACACUGUGUUGUCUUGUUCAUUUGAUACUUCUCUGUCCCACCACUUAAAGAGACACCUAGCCAGAGAGGAAUGGUCCCAAAGGCCUUUAGUUAUCAAUGCCCAAUCUCCCACUCCAGCACACUACAACAGACGCAGCUCCACACCACUGCACAACAGUCACAAAUACAAGCAGCAUGCAAGGCAUCAUAAAAGCAGAGUUAUGGGUCUGUCACCUAUAAUGAUGGCAGGCUCCACUCAGAGUCAACACAGAAAAGCCAAUCAGAGGAAAAGGAAGAGAAGACACAUCCACAGGCUGAGAGAAGAUGAGGAGGAUGUCCUGUACCGGCUCUGUGAGCUAGAGGAAAGUUCAGAUGAUGUGCUGGAGGAGAGCUACACACAGGUUUCACGCAAGCAGGCUUCUCAAGGCUCUGUUCGCAAACGCCAGGGAGAGAGUGUGUACAACAUCAACAACAUUGUCAUCCCCAUGUCAAUGGCUAAAGUGGAAAAAUUGCAGUACAAAGACAUCCUCACACCCAGGUGGCGAGUGGUGUCCACCAAGUCUCUGAUAGAGAAUGAGGAGGGGCAGGUUGAGGAUCUCAGCGAUGAAGUCUUUACUCGGAGACACAUGACUUUUGAGCAAAGAGAGAAAUUGCGCUGGCCAUCCUGGGGAAAGAGGAAAUGCUGCAGGCGUCCUACACGAUCUGGCAGCAGGCUGUCAGGCAGUGGAGGCGGGAUGUGCACAUCAGGAGAGGAGAGCUCUGUGGAAUGGAGUGGUGCUCAGCUUGAUACUGAAGAACAGCCAAGCUCAGAGGAGUGGCUGCCUCAGACACCCUGGGAGCCACGAGUGUUUCCUUUGGGUGAAGAAGAAGAAGAAGCUCUGCUCUGUGAUAGAUUAGAAAACAUCCCCUCAGGGCGGUCAGAGUCUGCAUCUGCCUCCUCCUCAUCAAAGAACUCAAACUCCCAUCUCUCCUCAGCUCAGUCCUCUGGUGCUACACUGCCCUCUGGUGCACAAAGCUGGAGCAUUACACCUAACUGUAGCUGAGAAGGGCAGUGCCUUGCUUCUUCAUAUCUUCUCACGUCUGGGACCAUGAGAAGAAAAUAUGCCCUGGGAACCUUAAUCGGGAACUGAAUACAUUCCAUGAGUAUAGUGUUUUGAUGUUGUUAGCUUAAUACUUUGAAGCAGAAGUGUUUAUUUAGUGACUGUUGUAAAGUGUAGUUUUAACUGAUUACUAUAGCUCCUGCCAUACUUUCAGGUUUUACCUUAUGAGAGGUACUGUAUGUAAAGAAAUAUAUACCAGCACAACUCCACUGUAGUCUCAGGUUUGUGGACUGUUUGUAGUUGUUACUUGAUAUUUAUUUUCACAGUUGUCUUAAAAAAUUUGUAUAGAAUGACUUUAGUACACACAUAUGUUAACUUCCACUGGAUUUACUUGUGCUUUUUGAUUUCAUGUUUUUUUCUGAUGUGAUUUUGAUAUAUAUUUUUUAUGAAGAAUGAAAAAACCUAUUAGUAAAUGUAAACAUUGGUAAACAUAGUGGAUGUCAUACUUUUCU